AUGUCCUCCAACAUGGGAGCCACACCAACCCCAGCGUCUGCUCAGCCCCCGUCCAGCACUUCAGCUGUCGACGUCAGAGACGAUCUCUUCUAUAUUGAGACGGUGGUUUUCAAGGUCGAAAACGUACUGUUCCGCGUCCCUCGACACGGUCUCGAAACCGAGGACAGUGUGUUUACUGCGAUGUUUCGGUCUGCUCACGUUGGCAGUGAGGCAGAGGGCUCAGAUGAUGCACAUCCGAUUAUCUUACCUCAGAUCACCGCGUUCGACUUCCGUAGCCUUCUGAAGGCCACUUAUCCAAAGUUUAGCCUCCGGCAUACGACGAUGACCUAUGGAGAGUGGAAAUCCGUUCUCGUACUCUCGGACAUGUGGACAUUGGGAGCCACGAAGAAGAGAGCUAUCAGCACGCUGGAUAAACUGCUGGACCCCGCUAGUCCUAUCGAGAAAAUAAUGCUCGGUAAGAGGCAUAGAGUUCCAAAAUGGAUGGUGGAUGGUUACGAAACAUUUGGUAAGCGUCAAGAACGACUUACCAGAGAAGAAAGGGAGAGGUUGGGGGAUGAAACCUCCUGGAAAAUUGUCGAUCUCCGUGAAUGUGCUUGGGCAUGGCAGAGAGAGCAUCCGUCUAACGAUGGAAGACCACGCGUCAAUCCAGCAUUCGGAGGAUUUAACACAAUCACACAGCCAGUAGCUCGUCCCGAAGACAUCAUCUUUAAGAAGAAAAUGUGGGAGGCAGGGGAGGGGGAAUAA